CAUCACUGGCUGGUCCACCUCUCACAUCCACACCUCCCUCCCUCAAUGCUUCUCUCUCUCUCUCUCUGUGUGUCUUUCUUACACUCUUACUCCCUCCCUCUCCUCAAUCUCAACCAUGAAUCUAACCUCCUGUGACCGCCUUUUCUUCGGUCUCGGCUCCGAAUCACAACUAAACUCUACAUGGACUGAGAAGUAUCGUAUAUACAUGUUAUCACUGUUACUAGUGGCAAUUUCGAGUCUCAAUGUAAUACAAAUCAAUUCAAGGGGUUUGAAAACACCCAGAAUAAUUCAAAAAAACACCCUCAAUGAACCACAUCAUUCAUUCCCGCUGUCCAGCCCCUCCCUGGUUUGACUGCGGGAAUUUCGGGCCUCCGGGCUGUUGCCGUGUAUGUACGUACGGUACAUACAGCUAGCGAUCUGACGCACGGAGAGAAGUCGGUCUGAGAUGCCAAAAAAGCCAAUGC